UAGAUGUUUUAGCUCACUUUUUUAACUUGAUUACGAGCGAAAAACGUGAAAAAAAGUAUAUACUUUUUUUCCGCUCCCUGGUGGUCACGUUUCCUAAAGUCAUUUGCUCACUGUUUGUAUUUGAAGCUUUUAUGCAUAAAAUUCUUCGAGCGCUUUCUGCAAGUUUCGGAUAGACACAUCGAUUUGUUAUCAUUCGUUUUGAUUAUUCGGUCAACAACAGUCCGAAUUGGUAGACCCUUUGAGCACAGCCAGCUAUUGUCAACUUUUGAUUGGAGUUCUGAUAUUCCUUAGAUUGCCCUUACUUUAUUCCCUCAUCAACCCUCUCUUUUAUCCUAAACGGGAACAGGCCUGGUGUUGAUUACAAGUGGAGAAUAUUUUCAGGGUAAAUUGGGUAAACUUGAUCAGUAGUUUUAAUACUUAGUUAUAAUAAUUGAAUUUUCAAGAAGCAGUUAUUACAUAACGAAAAAAAAUUUUUUUAGCUGCAUUAUUGAGAGGAUUUCAGAAAAGGCAGGUUUGAAUUGAUUUAGUAAUCCCCUAAAAAUAGGGAGAUAUAUCGUCUAUUAGGUUAGAUGAAGGAGCUAGGCCGUUUUUUUUCUGCUGUUCUUUUUUUUAUUUUACUGAAUAGCUUUCUGCAAAUACGCUUUUUUAAAAUCAAAAUAACUAAUGCAAUUAAAUAUAUUAAUGCUGAAGGCGCCGUAGCAGUAUGAGUCGUUCUGUCUGUCUACUAAUACAUAUUCACUUUUGGAAGAAAAACACGGGUAAAAUACCAUUUUUUUCUUUGUAUGAUCGAUAGUUUAAUUCAUUAACUUCAGGUACUUAGUAAUUGCCAUUGUAAUUUUUGAUUUUUUUUCGCAGGAAACAAAAUUUUAUUAUUAGGCUGAUAGAAAAGAUGACAAGCAAAUCUAUUUUAGAGCGUAAGAUUCGAUUCAUCACAAAUGAAAAAGCGAAUUAGUAAUUUUUUUAAUUUAUUUUAUUUGCCUGCUAAAAAAUGGCUGAUGUUUCACUAUUUUUGUCUUUAUCAGAUUUUGAUAAGCUUUCGAGCAAUGUGCCUGUCAUUAGGUAUAUUUUUCUCUAAAAGUACCAAUAGAAUUCAAAUAUGAUGCUUCUUUAUUUAGCACCAUUUUUUCAUUCGAAGUAAUGCCUCAACGUCGCCAUCUUAUUAAUUUUUACUCAACUGGGCAACUAAUUAAGCUUGAAAAGUCCCCUUUUCACAAUGCAUUCCCUAAUAUAAAAUCUUCGGCCUUGAUUUGUUCGAUUUGGUAUCAGUUCAUCUGAUUAGAACAAAGAAUAACCUUCCCAGACUCACAGUUUGAUCUAUUCUAUGCUAGUUUUAAUCAUUUGUUUUCCUGAUUAUUUUAAUUUUAAUCAAGUUAUUCGCUAGUUAAACCCGACCCAAGCAAAUGAUGAAUUCGUCCGGCGGGCUGUCUUCGACCGCGGAUCCCAGUGGAAACUCAACAGAUGUACCCGGUGUGCAAGGGCCUAUUGAGGUUUUUGUAGUCCAAUGGAUUAUCUGUAUAUUCGGGCUGGUUGGAAAUUUCUUAGUUCUCUACAUCUACGGGAGAAAAGUACCAAAGGCACCGAGCGAACGCUUCAUCAUUGCCAUCGCACUGACUGACUUCGCGAUGAACCUGUGCUUCAUUUUGUUCACGGGCAAACUGCGCUGGUGGAGGCCGGAUGGAGAUGCACUUCAGUUCUGUCUUCUGUCCAACAGCUUCUAUGACGUAAUCAACACGUCCUCCUCUAUUCUGGUGUGUUGGAUGACUGUGAACAGAUGGGUGGCAGUGUGCAGGCCCCACUCGUACAACACCAUCUUCACCACCAAAAGGGUCAACUACAUGCUCCUCUCCACCAUCGCACUCUCCCUGCCCUCCUGCGCGCUCUCCUUCUCAAUCUGUCUCUCGCACUUCCCUCCUAAAGGUUGGAAUAUUGUGCCGAGCGAUGCCACGCACUUCGACGUGGUCAAGUUCAUCUGGGUGAACAUCAGACUGCUGCUGCUGAUUGUGGCAGCUGUGCUCAUGGCUGUGUUGUACCGCCUGGUGGCAGUGACAAUGAACGAGAAGAAGGCCAAGGCGUCUCAGAAGGCCCUGCAGAUGACCACUUGUGUCGAAAACACCAGAGCACCCGUCAAGACUCAGUGUGAGAAUGGCGCAGCAGCUGAGCCGAAUGUUCCGAUCAGAGUUGGAACAAAAGUGCGUCUUGAUGCAGUUCCCAAAAGUCGCUUUGUUAUCGAGGGAGAUGAAGCUGAUAAAAUUGCCAACGUGGAAGUUACCCAAGCCAAUGGUGAAGACAAGAUUCAACUCUCGGUACAACAUUCAGCUGAUGCCAUCCACGAUAUUAAAGAAGCGCAUGAUCAUAUUGGUCAAGCGGAUGAAGCUGAGGAGGCUGAUGGGAAACAAGGGAUUGGUUCUAAAAUGUGUCGCAGACUGACAAUACCAACUCCUCAUGCAGAAAGAAGGCGAUCCUCAUUCACUCAGCUGGUAGCCGGCCGUAGUUCUCUCAGAGGUCAAAGAAAGAGGAAGACAAGUUCUCGUGCGUCCCUGCUGGACCAGAACUUGACGAUGACCCUGUUUGCGAUUAGUGUGGCCUAUGUGGUCCUCAUGAUUCCCGACGUCAUCAUACAGUUCCUUGAUUCACUUAACUUCUUCGAGGACUCCCUCUUCGAGAACUAUAGGACUCCCGCACAACUGCUCUACACGAUCAACUUUGUCACAAACCCAGUGAUUUACUUCAUCUGCAACAAUUAUUUCAAAACAGAGCUGAAAAAGCUGGUCGCCAGGUGCUGUCCAGUUUGUGUAGAUUUCAGUGGGGCGACCUCGUCAAAUUGCUAAAAUUAACCCAAUCUUUAUAAUAGAAAAAAAAUUAUAUUUACUUUUUAUUUGUUUUUAAUCAUAUUUAUCCGCUAUUAACAAUCUAUUAUUCGAAGUAUUGUUGUUUA